CGAAAUCAGAUUGCUGUAUAUGUUGCAUACGGUUGGUACUGAUAUUCAGAAGCUGGGCGUGACUCGUACAACUUAAAACAUGGACCAUCUUAAAAAAAAAGUGGCAGCAUAUUUAGUUUGAAUUUGCGUUGGAUCUGUGGUGAGUCGUAUUGUUGCAGGCGCUGCCUGGUGGUUAUGGAUUUAUGGUUGGGCUUAACUGUAUCAGGCCUGAACUGUAUAAUAGUAACCCAGGACCUUGUCGUUUGCUUGCUGCAACACACUGUAACAUAAUGUUAGCACAAUAGCCGAUGGAGAAUGUUGCCGCAACUCACUGCAAUGAUGCUAGGCUGGCUACAUGAAUUUUCUCUAAAAUAAGCCUGUGAUAGAGCAGUGAGUGCUCACUGCUCAGAAUAGGAAUAUUAGCUACCCAGCCAACUGUCUACUUUGACGAUGCUUGCAGAUUUUUAUUCUAUGCUGACAUCGAUGUGAAUGGCUAGGAAGUAAAGGGAGAUUGGGAUAGUGAUGUAUUUUAUGAACGCACACUAACGUUUUUUGGCUAUUGGAGAUAUGGGACCACUUAGAAUGUUUUGCAUGGAAGGUGGCACCAAAUCAUACACAAAUGGCUCAAACACAUGCUGUGCACAUAUUAUACUACUCCACUUGUGACGGUGGGGUCUCCUGUGACGGUGAUGGGGCUAAUACACAAGUGUAUUGCUAGUCGUGAGUGCUUACUUAGAUGAGGCCUAUGUCGAUUAGUCUUUUCUUAAUUACCUACCUUCUGACACUUAUCUGGAUGCGUGCUAGAAAAAUAACUGCCCACCUGCUCCAAGUUGCAGGUUUCUGAUGUCUAAGCAAAUUUAUAAUUUCCCCGAGAAGGGAAUCGUGUAACAGCAAUUGUAUGUUUUUCAUCGGAAAGUGCCUUUGGCACAUGAGCACUAGUGCUCCCUGUUUAAUUCAAAAACAUAUUUAUGAGACUCAAAAAAAUUGAAAUUAAAUACGUAUAUACAUAUACCUAUUGCUAAGGUACGGUAGAAAUUUCAGGAAAAAAUAUAUUGUAUUUUGAGCUAUACGAAGAAGACAAGUUUCUGGCAAAAAGAGUGAGUUUUAAAACCUAUGCAUACAGCCAGAAAUUUGUUUUUUUUCAUGUAGCUCAAAGUACAACACAUUUUCUAAGAAAAUUUCGCAUAAUUAUUCAGGACAUGUAUAUGUAUUCAUGUAAUAGAUUUAUAAUUUUUUAAAACAUAUAAAUAUAAUUUUCAAAUAUUUUAAAAACCAGGAGCACUGGUGCUUAGGUGCACCAAAUCUGCUCUUGUUUUUCAUCUUAUCUGUUUCUAGCAUGAAUUAAUCUGUAUCAACAGAUAACUGGAUUAGAAUUCAGGAGUUCCUUUCGACUGAGAAACUUGACUUUGUUAUGCUUGAUUAUAAUUUUAAAGCUAUAUCUGUCGUUUCACUGGCUUUUAACUAUGUUUUGAUUAUCCCUGAAAAUGACCAAGUUCUAAAUUUAUUGGAGGCACAACUGAUAAUGUGCAGCUAAUUAUGUCCAUGUAGUGAAUAGAAGAAAUGGCUAUUAACUUGUAACUGUCAUAGUUUUAUUCGCUUACAUUGUUCCUUGUUACCCUGCUUCUUCUUUUCCUUUUCACUGAGCACUUGAAAUUGGAAGAAUUGGAAUUGAAAGGGAAUUUGGGAAGGAAGAUGUGGAUUACUGUUGGAUACUAUUGUAUUUUAUUAAGAUUUGCAAUGAUACCAUAACAUGUAUGGUGUGCCCAUUCGGUUUACCGUUUGGUGCAAUUAGAAAGUGCACAGGUAACCCAGGUCCAGAGAAGCAUGUAAACUAGUUCGGUGGUGUCAAUCUGCCAAUUAACCAAGUGGAAAUGCUUGAUACAGAUAACCUACGAGUUCUAUAGGCUUGCUUAUUUCAUUCUCCCUCCGUUCCAUAAUUCUUGUCUUGAUUUUUAUUCAAAGUUGAACUGAAACCACGACAAGAAUUACGAAAUGGAGGGAGUAGUUCAGUGUGCUUGUUGUAUGGCACACUCAUGCAUACUUGUAAAAUAUUUGUGUCAUUGGCCUUUUUUUGUUAUAUAGUUUGUAUCCUUCCCUUCCUAAUUGAAUUUCAGUAAAGCCCAACUAGCAAUUUCUAUGCCAUUCCUUGCACCUGUCACAACUUGCAUAUUUGGAAAGUUUGAUGGUUUUCUCUUGAACUUAAACCUUGGAGUUUAGCCAGGAAUCCCAAUUAUGACGAGGGCCCAGAGAAGCCACCCUCUAGACCCAUUAUCUGCUGCUGAAAUUGCUGUGGCUGUAGCAACUGUUCGAGCUGCUGGAAGAACUCCGGAAGUACGAGACAGCAUGCGCUUUGUUGAAGUUGUGCUCCUGGAGCCAGAAAAGAAUGUUGUGGCAUUAGCUGAUGCAUACUUCUUUCCACCAUUCCAACCAUCUCUGCUUCCCAGAACCAAAGGUGGUCCUGUCAUCCCAAGCAGGCUUCCACCUAGGAGGGCCAGGCUUGUUGUCUACAACAAACAAACAAACGAAACUAGUAUUUGGGUUGUAGAACUGUCUGAAGUGCAUGCUGCUACUAGGGGUGGACACCACAGAGGCAAGGUUAUAUCAUCGGAAGUUGUUCCAGAUGUUCAGCCUGCAAUGGAUGCGAUGGAAUAUGCUGAAUGUGAAGCUACUGUAAAAGAUUUCCCCCCUUUUAUUGAAGCCAUGAAGAAAAGAGGCAUUGAUGACAUGGAGCUCGUCAUGGUAGAUGCAUGGUGUGCAGGCUAUUACAGUGAUGCUGAUGCUCCCAGUCGAAGAAUUGGCAAGCCUCUGAUCUAUUGUAGAACUGAAAGUGAUAGCCCUAUGGAGAAUGGAUAUGCUCGUCCUGUUGAAGGGAUCCAUAUUAUAGUUGAUAUGCAGAAUAAUGUCGUACUAGAGUUUGAGGAUAGGAAGUUUGUCCCUCUUCCACCGCCAGAUCAUUUGAGAAACUACACUCCUGGAGAGACACGCGGUGGUGUUGAUAGAAGCGAUGUGAAGCCUCUUAUCAUCAGUCAACCUGAAGGCCCAAGUUUCCGUAUUACAGGCUCCUUUGUGGAGUGGCAGAAGUGGAACUUUCGUAUUGGCUUCACCCCCAAGGAAGGUUUAGUUAUCCAUUCUGUUGCAUACGUUGAUGGAAACCGAGGACGUCGUCCUAUUGCUCACAGGCUGAGUUUUGUUGAAAUGGUUGUUCCUUAUGGAGAUCCGAACGAACCACAUUACCGGAAGAAUGCAUUUGAUGCUGGAGAAGAUGGGCUUGGAAAGAAUGCACACUCCCUUAAGAAGGGAUGUGAUUGCUUGGGUUACAUAAAAUACUUUGAUGCACAUUUUACAAAUUUUACUGGUGGCGUGGAGACAAUUGAGAAUUGUGUAUGUUUACAUGAGGAGGACCAUGGAAUCCUCUGGAAACAUCAAGACUGGAGAACAGGACUAACCGAAGUUAGACGAUCAAGGAGGCUAACCGUGUCAUUCAUAUGCACAAUCGCUAACUACGAAUAUUGCUUUUAUUGGCACUUUUAUCAAGAUGGUAAGAUAGAAUCUGAGGUAAAGCUUACUGGAAUUCUCAGCUUGGGAGCUCUAAUGCCUGGGGAACAAAGGAAAUAUGGCACAACUAUUGCUCCUAGUUUGUACGCACCAGUCCAUCAACAUUUCUUUGUUGCCCGUAUGGACAUGGCAGUGGACUGCAAACCUUAUGAGGCUUAUAACCAGGUGGUUGAGGUAAAUGUUAAAGUAGAAAGUGCAGGCCCAAAUAAUGUGCAUAAUAGUGCCUUCUACGCUGAAGAAGAGCUUCUGAAGUCUGAAUUACAGGCUAUGCGGGAUUGUGAUCCUUCAUCUGCACGACAUUGGAUUGUAAGGAACACAAGGACCGUAAAUCGUACUGGGCAACCAACAGGUUACAAGCUCAUACCUGGUUCGAAUUGUCUGCCAUUCUGCCUGCCCGAGGCAAAGUUCCUGAGAAGAGCUGGGUUUUUGAAGCACAACCUUUGGGUUACAUCAUAUAAAAGUGAUGAAGUGUUCCCUGGAGGAGACUUUCCUAAUCAGAACCCACGCAUCCAUGAGGGUUUAGCUACAUGGGUCCAGAAGGAUAGAUCCUUAGAGGAAACCAACAUCGUUCUCUGGUACGUUUUCGGGAUCACCCAUAUCCCAAGGCUCGAGGACUGGCCUGUCAUGCCGGUGGAACACAUCGGCUUCACGCUCAUGCCUCAUGGAUUCUUCAACUGUUCGCCUGCUAUUGACGUUCCUCCUCCAUCCGAUGUGGACGCUAAGGAAGCCGAGACGCCAAAGGAGAUCCAUGCCGAGCUCAUUUCAAAGCUGUGAGCCCCCAAGAGACGGAGAAUCGUACGCGUGGUUACUCCUUUUCAUUGCCGUGCCAUGAUCUUCCGAUGAAAACUAUAAACUGCGACUUAGCUUUCCGUACGCCCUUCUGAUUACGCUGCAGCUGAGCCGUGUUAGUGGCUGAAUUGGUUUGGUGGUGUCCGAUUGCUUGGCUCUUCUGAACUCUGUAUUUCUGCUUGGUGAUUAUAACAUCACACAGAAUCUGGGUUAAGUUCUCUGUCCCAGAAUGCAAAUGAAUUGGGACACAAAAAUGUUCAGCUA